UUUCACUCACGGCACAUCGUUUCCAAUGGGUUGUAUGCAAAACGUUGGCUAACCAUGCUUUGUUAGGGCACGCUGAAAUGAUUUCAUUUCAGUUCACUCACUUGUGAUCCACAGAGGGUGGUGUGGUAUUGGCUUUGAUAAAACUUCACAACCAAUGGGAACCUUUUUCGAAUUAGUGCGGAGUGGCCUUAAUGCUGGAAAUCAUCCUGUUGGCCAGGACCCCAGAGCUAUCCAGAUGAGAAAAGGAUGCAGGAAAUUCUGUUGUUUACGCAUGUGUGUGUUACACUGAGCCGCCGGAGCAGCCCAGCAAGCCCAGAGGGCCUGAGAAGAUAAAUAUGAAUGUCGAUUCCAUUUACCGCUUAAUUGAGGAAACACAGAUCUUCCGGAUGCAGCAGUCAUCAGCCAAACCACCUUGUGACAUGGUGGCGCCUGCCUCGUGCCCGCGUGAUACCUGUACAUCCUGCUUGCCUCUUGGUGGGCCGCGGUCUCAUGGCCCUCACCACUACUGUGCUGGCUCGAGCAGCGCCAACGAAUGGGACAUUUGUGAAGAGCUCCGCCUGCGGGAACUUGAAGAAGUCAAGGCCAGAGCGGCUCAGAUGGAGAAGACCAUGCGCUGGUGGUCCGACUGCACUGCCAACUGGAGAGAAAAGUGGAGCAAAGUUCGCGCCGAAAGGAACAGUGCCCGGGAGGAAGGACGACAACUCAGGAUAAAGUUAGAGAUGACAAUGAAAGAGUUGAGUGCGCUGAAAAAGAAGCAGAGCUUGCCACAUCACAAGGAGGCAUCAGAAGCUAGAGGGACCCAGGACCCGAAGCGUCCCGGUUUCACAGAACUGUCCUAUGCACAAAGAGACCAAUUUCAAACCGGUUCCCAAACAUGUGCAUCGAUCAGAGAGUGUUUGGUGAAAAGAGCAUUUCCUUCCAAGGAGAACACAGACAGUAAGGAAGAAGGUUCGAUGCUUGACCCAUUAAGAUUAACUGAGGAGAUGAAACUCAAUCUAGAUUGUCCUGAUUUAUUUAAGAACAGUGGUUCUGAAAAUUCUGCAAUGAAACCUGGAUUAAGACUGCCAGCACUAAAUUUGCCUUUAGAGAAUGGAGUGCCUGAAAUUUCAGCUUUGCAGGUGCAACUGGAUGAGUUCCAAAAAAUCUUAUGGAAAGAAAGAGAAAGGCGCUCAUCUUUGGAAAAAGAAAUAAAACGACUGGAGUCAGCUGUAUCUUUAUGGAAAUGGAAGUAUGAAGAGCUGAAAGCGUCCAAGCCAAAAAAUGUGAACGAGUUUUGCGUUCUUCAUGAUCUACAUAAAAAUGCAGUGGAAGACAUGUCAGGAGAUAUAAAGGAAGGAAUGAAAUCCCAAAACAGCAAGGAUAGAGUGAUCUCUGAAUUAAGAGCAGAGCUCGAGAAACUGCAGGCUGAAAACACGUCAGAAUGGGACAAGAGAGAAAUACUCGAAACAGAAAAACAAGGAUUGGAGAGAGAAAAUAGAAGGCUAAAGUUCCAGGUGAAAGAAAUGGAAGAGCUCCUCAAGAGGAAAGGUCGAUUAAGUGCAAGCUCUCAAGGUCCUGAUUUCAAGACAUCACAAAUUGAACUGCAGGGCAAAAACAAGGAGAAAAUCGAGGCAGAAAGAGGACCCAAAGCUGGCCAGUGAAGAACUAGGUUUGGAUCCAGGAUUGGCUGACUCCAGUGGUCAAACCACCACAGCUCUGAAUGGUUACUCCAUAGCCUGGACAGAAACAUUUAAUUAAAGAAGAUUUCAUAUGUCUUCUUGCUAAUUUGUCCACAAUUUGAAGGUGAAUUUUAAGGAAAUGGAUUUAUUUUUACCUAUCAUUUCUAAUUUUUUCUGAAGUUUGUAGAGGCCAAAUAUUCUUAAUUUUAGAUAUAAUGUGUAAUUUUCAUUUUCUCCAUAAAACAUUUCCAGAUAUUUUAACAAAUGGUAACAUUUGACUUUCUUGGGAAAGUAGAUAAUCUUGAUGGGAUCUGUAGCCAAAUCAACAGGACCAUGAAUUUGAAGACGUAUGGGCAAAAUAUACUUCAUGAGUAUGUGUAUAAUUGUUAAUUGUGGAGCUUUAAUUUCCUUAGAUUGUUCAAGAAUAUUCUGUGAUGAGUUAGUGGAACUGAAUAUCAGUUUGAAAACUCACUGUUGUAUUAGAGUGUCAGGCUUUAUUACAAUCAUAGCAAAUUGUAGCAGGAGCUCAUGUGUUAGGAUUUUUACAAUAUGAUAAUGUAAAUGCAAUUAGAAUACUUGUCAUUAGCUGAAGCUCUUAUAACCCCUUAAUUUUGAAUUUUAAAAAAUCAAUUAAGUAACAAAAGUAGAAACAAGUCAAACAAAUAAAAUUCACAAGAAUGCUAUUUCUUACUACCAGUGUAUUCUAAUAGCCAGAGAAAGCUAUGUAGUAUUAUAACUAAAAUUAGUCUUUUUAAAUGAGGCAGUAAUUUUUUUCACAUCAUUAGAUAAAUGUCCUUUCACCUAUGUUUAGUUAUUACUGAUGAAGAAUUGUCACCUAAACAGUUGAUUUCUUCUGUGCCCACGUUCUUCAUAAGCAGUCACCAACAACUUAUACAGACUCUAUUCUUAGAGUAGAGAGGUAAUUUAACUAAAUGUUUUAGUGUAGUGGGAAAUAAUUUGGGAGACGCUUUAAGUUGUGAAUUUUAAAUUAAGAUGACUUACUAAGAGAGUUGUUGGCAAACUUUAAGGAGGCUGAAAGUUUUGUUCUUGUUUUCUUGAUCAUUGAAAAAUUGUCUGAUAAAUUCAGCAUUCUUAAUUUCUAUGAUGAACUGACUAGAUAUAUCUCUUACAUAAGGAAUGGAAAUCUUUAAUAAUUUCUCUUGAAAUUUGUUUACAAAUGUAAUCUUCUAUUGUAGCAUGGAUAUGGUCCCUUUAAAGCAGGAAGCUAUAUUUAAGCUGGAAUAACACAAAUCAACAAUUAAUCUUACUCCUGAGAGUUUCUGAGGACACUCAAUGUUUUCAAAUUCUAAGAAAACAGAUUUAAGUGUGACCUAGGCAUUUAAUUGAGGGAAAAUCUUAUCCUAGGUCUUUCCUAGAAGGAAACAAUUUCUAUAUAUGUACGAAAAAUAUAUAAAAUAUUCAUUAAUUAGAACUCAGGUGGCAAUUAAUAGGAACAUGACAGUGCGUUUUCUAUUAUUUUCAGCAAAUACUAUACCCGAAUACAUUUUAUAAUAUAAUUAUGAUCUGUGUAAUUUUAAAUGUCUCUCAGAUUUUUGUGUUUUUCAUUCAACCAAUAUUUAUUUUACUGCCUUCUUAUGCUAUGUAUUAUUUUAAGAUCUAGAUACAAAUCAAUGGGAAUAAAGUAUUUGUGUGUGUAUGUAUAUAUACCAAAUAUGUGUGCGUGCGUGUGUCUGUAUUCCUUAUUUCAGUUAAUGGCAAUUUCACCUUUUCUCUUGUUGUUGGAGUUAUUGUUAACUCCUUGCUUUGUCUCACACCUCAUGUCCAAUCCAUUACCAUACCUUGUCAACUUUACCCUCAAAAUAUAUUCAGAAUCUAAUCACUUUGUAUCAGUUUUACUGCCAAAAACAUACAAGUAUAUUAUGAAUAUAUUUUAUAUGCAUAUCACAGUAAUAAAGGCUUACUCAAAAAAAGGCUUUUGAAUCUAAAAAUAGUAAUUCAAGAUACUCUUUUCUCCUGAAGUACCUGGUUAUAGACUAUAUUCUUUAUUAUUUAACAGAAAAUACUAUGAAAUAACUGUAUUCUAUGUCCAUUUUACAAACAAUGGUUUCAUUUAAGGUUUUUAUAAUUAAACCUUCCUCAUGAUAUUGUGAUAUGUCAAAAAUAGAAAACAAGAAAAAAUAUUCUAUUAAUCAUAUUUUUGCACUUAUACCUCCCAUUUUUCUCAAGGGACUUAUCAGCUCAUUAUAUACGGCUAUUGACCAACAUAAGUCAUCCCAGGAGACACCCCUGAGAUUACAGUUGUGAGGUAACAAAUGUUUCUGCCUACCGAAUGGUGUUGCCUUUGGUUAUUCUUAUUUAAGGGACUUUAUUUCUGUUAACUUUUUUUAAAAGAAAAAGACUGCAUAUUAUUAGAUACCUCUCUCUAUAAUUUUAAAUACUAUUUAUUUUUACUAUUUCAGAGGACUUCAUGCAUACUCUUGUCAUAAGUUUAGGGGAAAACAACAUAUUUCUAUUCCACUAAAGACUAUUCUAGAUGAAGAUAUCCUGUUGGUUCUGAUAUAUCUAAAAAGUCCAGUUUUAUCUAUAACCCAAGAACUUGCCAUCUUUCCUCAGAGUUUCCAUUUGAUGGCUAAAAUAAAGGCUAUUUUUAGUUUUUUUAGUGGAAAGGAAAGCUGUUUUUACUAUAGAAGACACAUACAUGCUAGAAGUUACUGCUAGAGUAAAAUAAGUUAUACAAAGUUAGAAUAGAUAGAUGUCACAAAAAAUGCAUGUUUUCAUUUUAUUUUCCUUUGGUAUUUCAGUGAAAUGUCUCAUUUAUUUUUUAUUUCCUCUUAGCAGAUUAAAACUCAAAUGAAAUUAACCCAGUGCACUCAUCACGAAGUCUCUUAAUAGCCCAUGAUUAAGUAGCACUAUUAGAUAAUUCAUUCCAUUAAUGUACAUAAACCCAUGAGUAAUAAUGAAUCAUUUGAAAAUAUGGGCCUGCCAUUUCUGAUGUAUUUUUUGCUUACCAAAAAUUAUAUCUAUUUCAUUAUCAUAUUGACAACAUCAUAUCUACCAUAACUUGAUAAGUUCAGUUUCCAUAUUUUCCAGGUCAAAAUUCUAAUGCCAGUUUUUCAGCGUUCCAUCUUUUAGAUAUUAUGAUCUCUGGAGAACAGAGAAACAAAAAAUGUUAGAUGACAGUAAGGGGAUUUAGAAAUAUUUCAAAAAAAAUAGUGAAAUCAGAAUUCUAUAAAGGGGCAUAAUGUCUUCUCAAGUAUAUGAUAUCAUGAUUUAUUGGAUACUUGCUUGGCAUAUGAAAUAUAAUUUUAGAUAAUAAGUUUUUAUUAUAAUAACUAUUUGUCA